GAGGUGGUGUUGGAGGAGGAGCUUCAGGGCCAGGCGGAGGAACCCAGUAAACCUGAUGAACGGCAUCCAUGUGCUUUCUGGAUGGGAGGAGUUCCUGGUACGCCUGGGCACAGCGGGCAUCCUGGGAGAGACGGGAGAGAUGGACUGCAUGGACCGAAGGGUGACAAAGGAGAUACUGGUGACCCAGGAGAUAAAGGAGAACCAGGAGAUACAGGACAAACUGGUGCUACUGGUCCCAGAGGCUUUCCUGGGACUCCAGGACUGAAAGGAGCUCGUGGAGAAAACGCCCUGUCCUAUCACUCCGCCUUCAGCGUCGGCCUCUCCAGCAUGGUCCCGUCCACCAACGUCCCCAUCCGCUUCAACAAGUUCUUCUACAACCAGCAGCACCACUACGACGACGUCUCCGGCAAAUUCCGCUGCUCCAUCCCCGGCGUCUACUACUUCACCUACCACCUCACCGUCUACACCAAGGACGUCAAGGUCAGCCUCUACAGGAACGACAAGACAGUCAUGUUCACCUACGACCAGUACCAGGAGCGGGACGUGGACCAGGCGUCGGGAUCGGUGGUCCUGAAGCUGGAGGCGGGGGAUGAGGUGUGGCUGCAGGUGUACGGGGAGGAGAAGGUUGGAGGAGUGUAUGCAGAUAACAAUAAUGACUCCACCUUCUCGGGUUUUCUACUGUACCCAGAUAUACAAGAAACUGCAAAGCGCAGACGCUAAACGAAGAAAUAAAAAAAACUAAAUGCCCAACACCAUGUCCCAACAUUAAUAUGGGUGCAGGGUUGGGAUUCACAGAAUAUGGUUUGGCAAAUUUAUGACUAAACUUGAACUACAUGAAAAUGAAGGGUAAGAAUAGCAAUGCUGAGGGUAAUUUAUGACAAAAGUAGCUCUGUUCAGGUAUAUAUUGGAGGAGUAUAUGCAAAUUACAAUAAUGACUCCAUCUUCUCUGGCUUAUUGUUGUACUUUGAUAUACAAGAAACUGCGGAGACAUUCAAUAAAAACUGUCCAAUGUCCAACACCAUGUCCCAACAUUAAUAUGGGUGCUGGUUAGGGAUUUACAGAGUAUGAUAUGGCAACCAAAUUGCCGUAUAUAUACAAUUUCCUAUCAUUUUAGGACUUUUUUUUAAGCAGCAGCAGACCCACACUGCUCAAACACACAGUAUGAGCUGUACAGGGCUAGUAUAGUAACAGUAGCUAAUUUAGCAUUUGUUACUUUAGCAAAAGACUGACCGUGUUUUCCUGAAUAAAUUUUAGUUAACUAGCACUGCUGUGGCAAAUCUAUGACUACAAUUGAACUACUUAUGUAAAUUUGUGGUAAAACUAGCAGUGCUGAGGGUAAUUUAUGACAAAAGUAGCUCUGCUCAGGAAUAUAUAGGAGGUAUAUAUGCAAAAAUGUAAAAACAAAAUGUGCAACACAGUGCGUGACGACAUUAAUAUUGGUCGAAGGUAGGGAUUCACAGAAUAUGGUAUGGCAACCAAAAAUGUUCGGGCAAAAAGUGAAGAGUUAAAAAGACACAUUAUACAGAGAAAAUGAUUGAAUUUAUUUAUUUUAAGUUAUAUUUUAGUCCUAUAGAGAUUCCUCCAACAUUAGGACUCUUUAAGUAGCAGCGGCAGCAGAACCACACUGCUCAAAGAUACAGUAUGAGCUGUACAGGGCUAGGAUAGAAACAGUAGCUGCGCUAAAUUACCUUUAUCAUUUGUUCAUUUAGCAAAAGUCUGACUGAGUGUUCCUGGGUAAAUUCCAAGUUAACUAGCCAAUUGGUAUGACUCAAGUAGCACUUCUGUGGCAAAUCUAUGACUAAAAUUGCACUACUAUGGUAAGAAUAGCUACACUGAGGGUAAUUUACAACACAAAAAGCUCUGCUUAGAUAUAUACACAGUAUAUUGCAGUAUGUAAUAGAGUUUUCUCUAACUUCAAGACUUGUUUAAUAAGCAGCGGCAUUCCCACAAUGCUCAGAGAUACAGUAUGAGCUGUACAGGGCUAGGAUAGUAACAGUAGCUACACUAACAUGCCUUUAGCAUUUGUUAGUUUAGCAAAACACUUUUAACACAGUUAACUAGCUAAUCGAUAUGACUCAAAUAGCACUGCUGUGGCAAAUCUCUGACUAGAAUUGCACUACCUAUGUAAAUCUAUGGUAAGAAUAGCAAUGCUUAGGGUAAUUUACAAUACAAAAAGCUCAGCUUAGCCCAAUAUAUACACAGUAUAUUGCAGUAUAUAUUGAGUUUCCUCUAUACUUUGGGUCUCUUUAAGAAGCAGCGGCAGCAGACCCACACUGCUCAGAGAUACGGUAUGAGCUGUACAGGACUAGGAUAGUAACAUUAGCUGCGUAACUUAGCUUUAGCAUUUUCUAGUAUAGCAGAAGUCUGACUGAGCUUUCUUGGGUAAAUUCCAUGUUAACUAGCUAAUUGAUAUGACUCAAGUAGCACUGCUGUGACAAAUAUAUGACUAAAAUUGCACUAUUUAGGUAAACCUAUGGUAAGAAUAGCAAUGCUGAGGGUAGUUUACACCACAAAAAGCUCUGCUUAGCUCUAUAUAUAUAUAUAGUAUAAAUGAAGUUUUCUCUAACUUUAGAGCUUUUUAAGCAGCAGCGGCAGCAGAACCAAACUGCUCAAAGUCACAGUAUGAGCUGUCAGGACUAGGAUAGUAACAUUAGCUGCGCUUACUUAUCUUUAGCAUCUGUUAGCUUAGCAAAUGACUGACUGAAUUUUUCUGGGUAAAUUCCAAGUUAACAAACUACUCGAUAUGACUCAACUAGCACUUCUGUAUAUCAUUUUUUUUAUAUGGCACAAAUAAACACUAAUAAAAUGUACAGUACAUGUCCAUCUCUAUUUUAUGUACAGCUCUAGAAACAAAGACCAUUUGAAAAUGAUGAGUUUCUUUGAUUUUACCAAAUUGAAAACUCUGGAAUAAAAUCAAGAGGAAGAUGGAUGAUCACAAGCCAUCAAACCUUUAAGCUGAACUGCUUGAAUUUUUGCACCAGGAGUAAAGGCAAAAAGUUAUCCAAAAGCAGUGUGUAAGACUGGUGGAGGAGGAGAACAUGAUGCCAAGAUGAAGCAUGAAAACUGUGAUUAAAAACCAGGGUUAUUCCACCAAAUAUUGAUUUCUGAACUCUUAAAACUUUAUGAAUAUGAACUUGUUUUCUUUGUUUUCUUUUUGUUA